UAAACCUUCAGCAUCAGUUGAACCUGUAGAAUUUCAAUCCCAACAAGAAGAAAUCCAAGAACACCUUGAUAACACCUUUGAAGAUAUUCCAAAAACAUUAACAUUGGUAAUAUUAUUGAGAAAAACCAACUGGCACCAUGUCUGCUUUCAAAUUAUCAAGGACAGGAUUUCCUCAAGCUAAAAGAAGAGACAUGAGUAUUUCAUCAGCAAAAGGGAGUAUAUUUUCACAACAGAUGAAAAAAUUAAAAUCAAAUGAUACAAAAAUGGUUGUAGAUACUGAAACUACAUCAAAUCCUAUGCCAGACAUUAAAGUUGUUGAAAAUAUUCAACCAAAACCUUGUUCAAGUAAAGAAAUCAAAAUAAUGACACCUAUAACAUCAGUAAAAGAAGAAAUACAUCUUGAAAACUUGGAAAAAAUGAACAAAAUGACACCCGAAGAGAUAUUAGAAGAAAGAGAAAAACUCAUGUCUACAUUAGAUCCAGCAAUCAUCGCGUUUUUAAAGAGUAAACGACAUCAUACUCAACCUAAAGUAGAAACACGUCAACCAAGCAUUGCGGAACAAAACCAACCGGAGAAUGAAAUAUCAAUCGAAGAGAUAUCACCAGCUAAAGACAUUUUAAGCCAACCAAACUCAGAUAAAUGGAUCAAUUUUGAUCUCUUAGAAGGUAAUAAACUAGCAUGGAUGAAAGACAUGCCUAAACCUGUACUUAAAAAGGACGAAAAGUAUGAAGCAAGGUUCGAUUUCGGUGGUUGGUUAUUACCUUACACACAAGAAUCAAUCAACGAUGAAAAUAGAAUAUUAUACCAUCACGGUGAAGAACCCGCACGCCCUGGGUACACUCUCCAAGAAUUAUUUCAAUUGUGCAGGUCGAAUGUAAUACAACAAAAGAUAAUUGCACUCAACACAAUCGCCGCCAUUUUGAAUCUGCACGCGUCUGGCAUAUACGAUCACAUUAUAGAGUUGCCUAUCGAGCAAAUAUUUUUUGUCUUGCGGUUUUGUUUGGAUGAAAACACGCCAGCAACUUUAAACUCAAGUAUUAAAGCAAUGCGGAAUUUGUUUUGCAAUACAAUCGAUGAGACUUGUUUAGAUUGUAUGCUGGGUUUUGGUUUAGGUAAAAUACAACCUGUGUUGUCUGUUGAUGAAGACGUUGAUGAUAAUACAGUCAAUGAUCAACAAUUGGCUGAACAGAAUUUAGUCAAGUGUUUAUUUCGUAGUGGAAUAUUAAUCAGAAUAAGAUAUAUUAUUAAUGUGGUCAAACCAAGUGACAUUGAAACGAUUGUUAAUUGUUUGGAUAUUCUGAUUAGACUAGCAAGAGAUUCUGAUUUUAUUGCACGGGAAUUGUAUGAGUUUGAUGGAUUGAUUGAGAGUGUUGUUGGUAAUUUCAUGCCGAAAGUAUUUUCAACAGUGCAAUCAACAACGGCUUAUAACACACCAAUGAUUCAAGCUGUCAAAUUAAUGCGUGUUCUUGCAAGUAGAAACGACAAAAUGGCGUCGCAUUUGGUAAACAAGUAUAAAGUACUUGAUUCUGUUGCAACGUACUUAUCAAAUGAAAAUUUGUCAUUGAACACUGCUGGAUUAAAACUUCAAAUAGAAUCUCUACGUUUAUGGGAAACCUUAGCGUUUUGGGGCUUUUCACUUGAUUAUUUCAAAGUUUUACGUCCGAUUCUCUUGCAAUUGAUUGAUUAUCAUGUGAAAAACACCAAUGUUGAUGCAUCAUGGACGAUUCAAACUCAUUUAUCCGCCAUUUUGAAUUUAUUGGCUCAAUUUGCGGUUGUAAAUUAUCAUGGUGUGUUGGAAUAUGUUAAAGUUUUGUUUGAGAGUGGUUUGCCUAAGUGGAUGACACAAUUUUUACAUUUAUCAACGUAUUCUUGUGGAAAAUUGCAAAUUCUUUCUUGUUUAAUUCAUUUAUUAACUGUUAUUUUAAAAUUUCAACCUGCAAAUGUCCAUUUGCCGUGGGAAAAUGUUUAUAAACUAGUGGAGAUGUUAAUUACAUCCGAAACAUUCAAAAUGGUCACUGAAAAUAUCAAAUCAUCAUCGAAUUUUCUCAAUAACUACGAAUUGUUCAAAUCAAGCGACAAUUUAAAGAUGUCUAAAUCGAUUGCAUGGAAUGCCGUUGAUCACAUUGUGCCUGUAUUGCAAACUAAAAGUUGUAUACCGUUUGUAAACAAAAUGGCGGAGUUUAUUGCAGAGAGUACUUCAACAAAUUUGAAAUUAAUGUUUUUACAACAUAUAAACAUAAAUUUAUACUUGAAACACAUUCAAAGUUCUUAUAACUUCUAUCUGACAUCAAACUGGUACACAAAAAUGGAGGCGGAUUUGAUUAAGAGUGUUCUCAAAAUGGCGGUGCACAGCCAGAAACAAUUGGACACAUCUUUAUAUUAUGAAGUAGCAGUGAAAUCUCUGUGUAUAUUCACUGCUGAAAUGAAACCCAGCGUGGAAUAUUUAUUUUCCAACAUAAUAUUCUGUAGAACUUUCUAUCCCAGUGAAGUUUUACUCAAACAUUUAAAUAUUCAAGAUGAUGAUACAUUGAAAACUGCACUGGAGGAUAUUGUAAACAUUCAAAAGGUUUAUGUUGAUGUUUUGGGACUACAACAAAAUGUGAUAGAUCUUCAAAAAGUACGAAGUUUAAAUGUAUCACAAACUAAUAUAAUGCCGCUUGACUGGAUUUACAGUCCUAUAAUCGCGUUAUAUUCAAAUGAACCAUCGAAAAUAUCAGAAGUAGCGCAGAAUUUCAUUAUAUCAAAUUGUUUACGAUGGGUUUACAUCUAUGAGACAUAUUUUCCUGAUUUGGCGAAUAUGAUCAACCCUACCGAUAAGUUUUGUCGACUGGCAUGUACAUAUCUUGGAAGUGACUCGUUGUUUUUACUACCAGAGAUUCAAAACUUGUUAAGGACUUGUUUGAACCAAAUUUUAAGUAAUCACGAUGAUGAUUUAGACUUUGAUAAAGCAAUUCAUGGCCUGAAGAGUUUUCAAGAUUUAUACACGCAACUUCUUGAACAGUAUCAGGGUGUAAGUUAUGGGGAUAAAUUGUUUGGGCAGUUUAUGUUGGUACCACUGGCGCAGCGCCAUAAUGUUAAGUUUAGAAAAGCUAUGUGGUCAGAAUACGCAGCGAUUGUUCAAAUAUUUAACGUUACUGAAGAUGAGUUGAUGACGGAUGUUCAAAAGUAUCUGGACCCUGCUGAAGAAGAUGUCUCGUUAUUAAAGUGUUACCAGAGGACGGUUUCCGUUGGCGCUGUGCGCAAGACGUCCAUUUUCUAUAAAAUCGCAACUCAUCAUGUGAACGCGUUUCGAAAUCUAAACAACGCAUGAAGACAUUUUUUCGACGCCGAUCAGGACAAUGGCAAGGAUUUGGUCGACGAUGACUUUGGGUACCACUACUUGAACAGUGCCCUUUUUCUUUACGGUGUUCUCUUUCUUUGUGUCGAUCUUUAUCUUUAUGAUGUCCUCUUUCUUCAUGCCGAUUUUUAUCUUUAUGAUGUUCUGUUUCUUCGUGCCGACCUUUUUCGUUGUGCCGUUCUUUAUCUUCCCUUCCCAACACUUCGAUGUGCGGAUGCGCUUGUUCUGUCUGCGUGGACACUACCGGUUUCUUUUCUUUCUCGUGCUUAGUUUGUGUUUGUUUUUUACCUUCUGUAUAAUAAUAUAGAUAAAAAAGUAAUAAUAAACAAAUUCCGUUCGUGUUUGA